AUGCUUUCAAAAUUAUAUAGAAAAUCAACAUCUCAAACGAUUUUUUUGUCAUUACCAUUAAAAUUAAAAAAAAAAUCAUUAUUUUAUAUUUUACCAAGACCUUCAAAUUGCACUCUUUAUCAUCAACAAAAUCAAAUGUUAGAAAAAAAAUUAUCGAUUUUGGAUCAAAAUAUUCAAAGAUUACAAGAAAAAAUAUCAACUUCUGAUAAACAAAAUAUUUCAAAGACGGAAUAUAUUCCGUUUUCAAAUAUUGAUGACUAUGAAAGUAUAUAUCGAUCAAUUACUUCUUCAAAUAAAAUUUCAUUAUUGGGAAAAAGAAAUAACGAUGAAGAAAAUGAAAUUUUAUCGGAAUCCAUAACAAAACCAGAGUCAUCAUCUUCAACAUUAAUAAUAACAAAAAGAAAUAAUCCAGAAGAUAUCAUCAAUCAAUCAUCCAUUGAUUUUGAUCAGAUUUUCAAUCUAAAAACAACUAUAAAGAAAAAAUCUUUAAAAGAAGAAGAUGAAAAUUAUUUAUUAAACCAAAAUAAGACAAUAAUAAAGAACAAUGAUGCAAUGUUCAAAAAUCUAUAUGAUCCAGAGAUUAUAAAAAGACUGGAAAAGAAAUCUGCACUGUCACCAGAUCUUAUAAUAUAUGAUCACCUUUUAAAUCAUUAUUCAAAUAUCGGAAAUCUAGAUCGAGCGAUUGAAAUUUUUGAUCAAAUUGAAAAAAAUGGAUUUGUGCCAACAUUAUACAGUUACGCGAAUUUAAUUAAAGCUUAUGCAUAUCAUAGAAGAAUCAAUGAUGUAUUUGAAGUUUUCAAUAAAUUAAAGAUGGGGAAUUUGAUACCAAAUCAGGAAAAAAACGCAGAAAAAGCCUUUGAUUUAUACAAAGAAAUGUUAGAACAAGGACUAAAACUUACUGGAAUUACAUAUAAUUCAUUAAUUGAUGCUUGUUCGAAACGAAAAGAUAUCUUUUUUUAUAAAGAAAAAAAUUAUAUACAAUUUGAAUACAAAAAGGCAUUUGAUUUAGUUCAAGAAAUGAAAGAACAUGGAUGCUCGCCUGAUCUGAUUACAUAUAAUUCUUUAAUUUUAUCAAAAUCUGAAAUUACAUCUGAAAACACAAUGAAAAAAUUUAAAAAUAAUAAAAUAUUGGUUAUUGGAAAAGAUGAGUAUCCAAUAUUCUCCACUAUUCCAACAUCACAUUUACAAACUCGUUUAGAAGCCGAAAUGAUAUUUAAUUAUUUGUUUUUAAUUGAGAACAAAUCAAGUUUUGAUAGUUUAUUAAAGAUUUAUAAAGAAAUAAUACCAAAACAUCAAGUGGAGUUAAGUAGUUGGAUAUUUUUACAUAUGUUAAAUGCUUGUUACAAAUAUAAUCGAUUCUCUUUGGCAUGGGAUGUCUGGAACGAUUUUCUUGGAUGGUCACGGGAAGAAAGCGAGAGAAUCUUUAAAGAUUUUAAAAACGUUUACCAACAAAAAAUGGAAUUUGAAAGAAUUGGUCUUACUGAGGAAUUAGAAUUAUUGUUAACCAGAAUUAAAGAAUCAGAUGAAUUAGGUGAUGAAACUGCAAAAAGGUAUAAAAGAGAAGUGAUUACAUUAUGUAACAUUAAUGAUAAAGAAAAUCGAUCAAAUAUAUCUACAACUGGGAAUGUGAUGUGA